AUGUUAUCCACGCCUGGAAUUGCAGCUGCUGUAGGUGUAACGAGCAUUUCUCUGUUGUUAGUGAGAAAUUAUAUGCAAGGUGGUACAUGUCGUAGUAAAGCUCGACUGGAUAACAAGACCGUCGUCAUUACCGGUGGCAACACCGGCAUUGGCAAAGAAACAGCCAUCGAUUUAGCCCAACGAGGUGCUAGGAUUAUUUUAGCAUGUCGUAGUGAAAGUAAAGGGACAACAGCAGUGAAGGAAAUUAUUGAAUCGAGUGGAAGUAGUAAUAUUGUCUUUCGAAAGCUCGAUCUUGCAUCAUUACAAUCCGUGCGUGAUUUUGCUAAUCAAUUUAACAAGAAUGAAGAUCGUUUGGAUAUUUUAAUUAAUAAUGCCGGUGUGAUGUGGUGCCCGUACAUGGAGACUGCCGAUGGAUUGGAAAUGCAAUUUGGCACCAACCAUAUAGGCCAUUUCUUACUAACCAAUUUAUUAUUGGAUAAAUUAAAGGCAUGUGCACCCAGCAGGAUUGUUGUAGUAUCGUCGAUAGGACACCGUGGUGGCAAGAUGAAUUUCGAUGAUUUAAAUGGCAAGAAAAAUUACAAUUCUUACACGGCUUAUUUUCAAAGUAAACUGGCCAAUAUCUUGUUUACGCGUGAAUUAGCCAAAAGAUUACAGGGCACAGGAGUGACAGCCAAUUCAUUGCAUCCAGGUGCUGUCAAUACAGAUCUUGGUCGACAUUUAUCCGUAAAUCAGAACGGUUUCUUGCACGCUUUAAUAGCACCUCUGUAUUGGCUCUUUGUUAAAACGUCCAAGCAAGGAGCUCAAACUUCAAUCUAUUGUGCAGUAGACGAAUCUUUAAAUGGUGUUUCAGGUAAAUACUUUGCCGAUUGCCGUGAAAAAGACUGUGCAGCACAAGGUCGCGAUGAUGGUGCUGCUAAAAAAUUGUGGGAAAUCAGUGAAGAAAUGACUGGACUUUCCAAAAGUCAGUAG